GCCGGGGCCGCCGUUACGGAUCGUCCCGCCGCCCGCGCCCCGCGCCAGCCGGAGAGCUCCGCUCGCAGUGCAGCACCUGCCAUGUCUGCAGAGGGGCAGAGAGUUGAUGACAGUCCGAGCACUAGUGGAGGCAGCUCUGAUGGAGAUCAGCGCGAAGGUGUUCAGCCCGAACAAGAAAGGGAACAAGUUCAACCCAAGAAAAAAGAGGGCAAAAUAUCAAGCAAAACAGCUGCUAAACUGUCAACCAGUGCUAAAAGGAUUCAGAAAGAACUUGCAGAAAUUACAUUAGACCCUCCUCCAAACUGUAGUGCUGGACCCAAAGGAGACAACAUUUAUGAAUGGAGGUCAACUAUACUGGGACCUCCAGGGUCAGUAUAUGAAGGUGGAGUUUUCUUCCUUGACAUUACCUUUUCACCGGACUAUCCCUUUAAACCACCUAAGGUAACGUUCCGGACAAGGAUCUACCACUGUAACAUUAACAGCCAAGGCGUCAUCUGCCUGGACAUUUUAAAAGACAACUGGAGUCCAGCAUUAACCAUUUCUAAAGUUCUCCUCUCCAUCUGCUCCCUCCUCACAGACUGCAACCCGGCUGACCCCCUGGUUGGAAGCAUUGCCACUCAGUAUAUGACUAACAGAGCAGAGCAUGACAGAAUGGCCAGACAGUGGACCAAGCGAUACGCCACAUAGGAACCUCCUCUAGGAUUUGCUGGACCUGUGCAAGCACAUUCACUAAGUGCUUCAAUAGCCCUUCCCUUCAUUCUUAUUUUUUAAAUUUUGAACCAUUUCUUUUUUGUUUUGUUUUUAUUUUUAUUUGUUUGGGGGUUUUUUUGUUCUGUUAACUUGAAAGCUGUUUCCCUCAAAUGUAGACAGGGAAUUUUGGUUAUCAGUGCAAAGAAUGUUGGAUCUGUAAUAGUAUAGAGCUUUGUCACGAAGCUUUGUAUUAAUGUGUGUUUUUUUUUUUCUUUCAUGUGUUUUUUGGGAAAACAAACAAAUUCAGAAUUAUAUCUCGUUUCUACUUAAAUGUAGUGUUUAGGGUUAUUUUUUUGUACUGAAGUCUUUAAUGGUGGGUGCAUGCUACUGGGAACAAGUUUUGUAUAAAAGCUUAAAAUCAAGAAUCACUGUGCAUUACUAAGACUGUGUUUAUCACUAGCCUUCUGUUUCCCACACAAAAGGCUACUGCAUUGAACAAAUUAAUAUGUAUUUUGAUUUACUUAAAGGAAAAGUGCUUGUAAAUUUCUUAGGGACCUGCCACUUUUGACUGUGGAUCAGUUGAUGUACACUUGUAUUAUUAAAGCACUCAAUAAAACACUGUGGCUGAUAAAUGCA